AUGGCUGACAACGGCGCCGCGGAUCCUGGUAAUAACAACAAUAAUACACCUGAAGCUUCGGAGGGCACAAUAAUUAAGGUCACAGUCAAAACGCCUAAAGACAAAGAAGAAAUCGCCAUCGCAGAAGAUGCUUCUGUCACUCAGUUUAAAGAAGAGAUCUCACGGAGGUUCAAAGCCAAACAGGACCAGUUGGUUUUGAUUUUUGCGGGGAAGAUCUUGAAGGAUGGUGACAGUCUCAGCCAGCAUGGCAUUAAGGAUGGCCUCACAGUUCACCUCGUCAUAAAGACAGCACACAAGGCUGCAGAUGGUGGUGCCUCCUCAUCUUCUAGUUCAUCAACCCAUGCAGCAAGUGCACCCAGUCCGAGUCCAGGCACCAAUUCCACCUCCACUGCAGGCUCAACCGGGUCCGCUCCACCACCCACACAGACACCCAACAUACUAACUGGCUUUGGUGACCUGGCUAGUUUGGCUGGACUGGGUAUGGGCUCAGCGAACUUCAUGGAACUGCAGCAGCAGAUGCAGAGGCAGCUGAUGUCCAACCCCGAGAUGCUUUCUCAGAUAAUGGAAAAUCCUCUGGUGCAGAACAUGAUGUCCAACCCAGAUCUGAUGAGACAGAUGAUUAUGGCAAACCCUCAGAUGCAACAGUUGAUGGAACGCAACCCUGAGAUUUCCCACAUGCUCAAUAACCCUGAGCUCAUGAGACAGACCAUGGAGCUGGCAAGGAACCCAGCCAUGAUGCAGGAAAUGAUGCGGAACCAGGACAGGGCUUUGAGCAACUUGGAGAGCAUCCCAGGAGGUUACAAUGCCCUGAGGAGGAUGUACACAGACAUACAGGAGCCCAUGUUUAGUGCUGCCAGAGAACAGUUUGGGAACAAUCCGUUCUCAGCUCUAGGUGGGAACUCUGAAUCUGGUGCCCAGCCAUCACGGACAGAGAACAGAGAGCCCCUGCCCAACCCAUGGGGCCCGCCAAACUCAUCUGCUAACCCCUCUGAGAGUGGAGGUGGCACAACUGGAAGUACUGGCACAACUGGGGGUACUAACCCCAGUGUGUCUAACCCUCUUGGCAUUAAUGCUGCCAGUUUGGGCAAUGGCAUGUUCAACAGUCCAGGUAUGCAGAGUUUACUGCAGCAGAUCUCAGAAAAUCCUCAGCUGAUGCAGAACAUGCUGUCUGCUCCUUACAUGCGCAGCAUGAUGCAGUCACUGGCUCAAAACCCAGAUUUGGCCUCUCAGGUUUUGAUGAAUAACCCCUUGUUUGCUGGAAACCCACAGCUGCAAGAACAGUUUAGAGCCCAGCUGCCCAUUUUUCUGCAACAGAUGCAGAAUCCAGACGCUCUAUCCGUAAUGACCAACCCCCGGGCCAUGCAAGCUCUAAUGCAGAUCCAACAAGGUCUACAGACCCUGCAGACAGAGGCACCGGGUCUCAUGCCCAGUUUGAUGUCUGGUGGGAUUCCCGGCAUACCAGCAGCAGGGGGCAUGACCACAGAAAACCCUGCCUCCUCUCCCAGCACAGGAACAAAUCCUACCCAGCAGCAGCUGAUGCAACAGAUGCUCCAGAUGUUUGCGGGAGGAGGAGGCGGGAGUGCAACGACCCAGACUCCUGAGGUUAGGUUCCAGUCUCAGCUGGACCAGCUGAACGCCAUGGGCUUCAUUAACCGCGAGGCCAAUCUGCAGGCCCUCAUUGCUACUGGAGGAGACAUCAACGCUGCCAUUGAGAGACUGCUCGGUUCACAGCCCUCGUAAUGAUGUGCACUACAUACUGACACGUGCAUACACACAUAUGUACUCAUGAACACACCCGGCAUCCACAGAGAACCCAGAGAAAUUAAAGUGUAUUGUUCUAAAACUUUACAGAACUUCACGGGCAUGAUCUGUAAGACCCUCAUCUGUUUUCAGAUCGGUCUCUAGUCAUCAUCAUUAUUAUUAUUAUUAUUAUUAUUAUUUUUUUUAUUAUUUUAUUUUUUUUCCUCUCCUUUUUUCCUUCACAUCCUCAACCCAGAUCUUUGACCUAGACUACUGCUUUAGAGCCCAACUGAACCACCUAGCAAGGGUGAUUUAGUGCAGUGAGGUGUGGAAAGUCUCAUCUGGAAAGUGAAUCGUGAUUAUUUUUUUCUUCAUUAUCUGCUCAUAAAGCUGGAGUCGACUUUCACAGAUCAGACAUAGUGGCGAUGUGAUCGGCUGUUUCUUCUGUUCCACACUUUGGCAAUUAAUAGACAGUUUGUUUGCAUUUAUCCAACAAAUUGAUAUGUGAAGAUAUUCUGCUUUAUAGACAAUAACCCAGAAUAAAAAUAUGAAGGGUUUUUUUUUUUGGGCCAGACAAGAUGUUCCGCUUCUUAGCUUUAUUCUCAGAAUUCUGCAUACAGUAAAAAGCAUUUUAAGCCCUACAUCCUUUACUAUUUAUUAACUGCUUAAAAUUUUUGCCUUCCACACUUUCUUAAUGUGCUCCCACUCAUGGGUGCACAUUUCUCCACUAUGACUUCUCGGCACAGCCCGUUUCAGCAGCAACAGUGAUCCACAAUGAAUUUUACACAUCAUCCAGGACACCAUCCACAGUCAGGUAUCGUUUUGCGGCUCUGGAGCAGAGGAUGGUGUUAGAAUCAAAAAUGGAUGAAUUUAAACAAGGUUAAAUUUUAAUCUUUUUUUUUUUUUUUUUUUUUUGAGUUCCCGUUACUACCUAGAGAAUUAUUCUUUUGUCGCUUAUAAAAUACACAUUAAAUUUGAGUGAUUAAUGGAAAGACUUUAGGAACACGUGUGGUAUGGUGUCACCGCACAUUUCUAAAAAUCGAGUUCUAGGUUGUCAUUCUGAUUUCCUCCCUUUUGAAAAUCUCAGCAUUGUAGUUGUGGUAACCUUGGCAACUGCUGCUAUAGCUUUGCUUUGUCUGUUGACCUCAGCUGAAUCAAUAAAAUCCAUCUUCCAAUUCAAAAUGUUGGAACUAACUUUUAACAGUACUGUACUAAAAAAUAAAACAUGGUCAAAAACUG